AUGCGUUUCGUUCUUCCUACCCUGCUAUUCUGUGCUCUUGUCACUGCGCACCCGAGUGACGACCCAGGCCAAUGGACUGGGGGUAAGGUCAAGGGCAAGAGUAUGUACGGAUAUGGGGGCGGUGAUAAUGCGAAUGGGAACAAGAUCUAUGACGGUGGUGUGGGCGGAGGCCUCGACAAUUCCGGAACUAUUGGAAUUGGAACUGGUGGCGGUGGUGGUGGUGGUGGCAGUUGUGACGCGGUCGCUUGCGAUGUCAAGUGUAAAAAAGAGGGAGACGAGUCAGGGUACUGUGACACCUCAGCAUCUGGCGGUCUCCUUGGACUCGAUAUUGUCGGACAAACUACGGGCCACCUAUACCGUUACCACUUCAACCUGCUCUGCCACGUCGACGGCUACCGCCACGAACACUAUCACCAGCACGAGCACUUUGUCAACCACGAAUACUGCGACCAUCACGAAUACUAUCACCAGCACGAAUACUUUGUCAACCACAAGCACUUCUACCUAUACAACCACUGCUACUACUUGCGCCUCCGCAUGCUUCUGCUGCGACAAGCAAAACGGAUUUAG